GGAAACGGGCCUGUGAUAGCGAGACGACAGCUUCGUGGGCCGCAGUCGAUGUUCAGCCAGCGCCGAGAGGGCCGUGUACACUGGAAGCUAAACUGGCAGAGCUCUCGAGGAGAGGGAUGAUUGUUCAACCACUGCACGCAUCUAUCAUCGUUGGAAGUGUCCCAGCUACAAUAGGUGCCUGCUGGGCGCUAUGUCGAGCUGGGCCCAUGAGUCCCUCCACAGUGUACAUGAUGAACAUGCUGCUCUGGGACCUGGUGUUCGUGCUCAUAGGCACCCCCAACACCUUCGGCAGCCAAUCGUGGGUGGCAGAGCACUUGGCAUGCCGGUUGUACCGAGCGGCUAGCGAAUUGGUCGCACGCAUGUCUGCCAACUCUUUGGUCGCACUCGCUGUCAGUGAGUACCUCUCGCAACCACGCGACCCAAGACUGCGCGCCAAGACCGAGCGGUCUUGCCUCGUUGUCAUGUGCCUGUGGGUUCUGACAGUUCUGCAGUCACUGGGCACCGUGUCACAUUCAAAACUGAACAAAACCGACUGCCUUCAAAUUACAGCAAUUGAGCCCAACAAGCAGCGCCUCGCUACCAUUGUCGACUUUACAUGUGCUUUUGUGGUGCCCAUAGUUAUGAUUAUUGUUUUCUCCGUUCUCUUAAUUACGAAACCUACCAGAAUAAAUAAUGACAGCAAAGAUAUAUGCUUCGUCACAGAGUCGUUUAUCAGACCGAGUGCUCAACCAGCAUAUUCAAAACUCGUCAUUGCUCUGAUUUUUAUUUUUAUAAUUCUAGAUAUUCCUUUCUAUGGACAUACUUUUAUUGUAUUCAUAACUGAAACAUUUAAAAUUGUGAAUCCUUUAAUUGACGAGAGCACAACUGGCUUAUUAAUUCCGGUUGGCUUUUGGUGUAAGUACAUUCUAUCGUUUUUAAAUCCAUUAGUGAUCAUUUUUAUAGUGUGCAGAAGAAAAAAUGGCAGCAGCUGUUACAAGUGUUCCUGCUGUUACAUGUGCAAUUGCAACAGGAAACGAUCGAAACGAAUAAGUAAUAUUCCGAUUUUGGACUCUUAACCGCACUAAAAAAAAAAAAAAAAAAAAAAAAAAAAAAAUUCAAGACUUUUACUUCCAGUUCAUGGAUAAGGAUAAGAAGAGAGUGAUCAAAAUGUGGAUGAAAACGCUUAUAUUAUUGUAAUAUUUCAUGAAUUUUUUUUCCAUAAAUCCUCGUAAAUAAUUUUAUGUUCCUUUUUGUGACUGUAAAAAUGUUCUUAUAUUGUUCACAUAUUUUCAUUAUUUUAAAUUAUUAGGUAUGUAAUUAGUUAAAUUAUAUGUUACAUUUACUAGUCAUAUUGGUUUCAGAAUAAAAAAGAUACACAAUACAUUAUAUUUAACAAACCAUCAAAUAUGUAUAACUAUAUCAAUUAAAAUUGUAAUUAAUGUACAUCAUUACAUAUUUGUCUCUGAAACUUUUGUGCUUAACAUGCAGGUACCUACCACAAAAUUCUUGCAUUUCAGAGAACAAUUUAAUUAAAUGUAAACAACAUUUAAUGUAAAUUCUAUUAGACCUUUGCAUCAAUAAUAACUGUAGUAAGUAACAACCAGUUUUUCAGAAUUUUAUAUUUUUGUUAGAUAUUCAUGAAGGAAAUUGUAUGUUGUUUUGAAAUAGGUGUUGCAGAAGUAGUUAUUCUAGCGUUCAAACAGACACGACCGCAAAAAUUGUACUGCAAGAUAUAUCUGUGUACAUGCAAGAUUGAGAACAUCCCUCGGAAAAUGAAGACAUUAAACGAAACACUGCAAAAUAAAUCGUAAAAUUAUAUAAUAAAUUUUAACAAUCUUACAUUUUUAAAUUUUAUUUUUAUAAAAAUGUUACUAGGAAACUAAAUUGUACAAAUAAUGGACCAACAAAUAAAAUUAAAAAUAUCUUAAAUAUUAAA